GGGGGCGACGCAGCAGCGGCGCUAUAAAGCCCUCUCGGUGCUGUGGAUGGAAGCGCGGCGCAGAACCACAACCAGACAAGAGACAAAGAAUUAAAGAAACAAAAAAUACAAACACUGACUUAAACUAAAACAUGGUGAAGAUCACCUUCCAGUCAGUUUCGGCACAGAAGCCCGACAAAGACCAGGAUGUGGACAAGAUUACUAUACCCCAGGCUCACGGGCGGUUGGUUCCUCCUAUGAAGCCCAGGAAGCCCUUUCCAACAGGCUUGUGCUGCAUCGCCAUUGGCCUGGUCAUUUUCACACUUGGACUAGUGUUGCCUUCCAUUUACAUUUAUCGCUACUAUUUUAUGUCCCAGCAGAUCCCAGAGGACAGCUUGUUCCACUGUCGGGUCAUCUACGAGGACUCUGUGUACGCUCCCCUGAGAGGACGCCAAGAACUGGAGGAAAACGUGAGCAUCUACCUUGAGGAGAACUAUGAGCAAAUCAGCAUUCCAGUCCCUCAUUUUGGGGGCAGUGACCCAGCAGAUAUCGUCCAUGACUUCCAGAGGGGCCUCACAGCCUAUUAUGACAUUGCAUUGGACAAGUGCUACAUCACUGAGUUAAAUACGACUGCUGUGAUGCCUCCACGCAGCCUGUGGGAGCUGCUUGUCAAUGUCAAGAGGGGGACAUACCUUCCCCAGACCUACAUCGUCCAGGAAGAGAUGGUGGUGACUGGCAGGUUGAGGAACAUGAGACAGCUGGGCCCCUUUAUCCACAGGCUCUGCUUCGGCAAAGAGACGUUCCGCCUUAGACGCCGCAACCAGCGCCAACGUAUCGAGAGACGUGAGACAAAGAAGUGCCACAGAAUUCGUCACUUUGAGAACACUUUUGUGGUUGAGACCGUCAUCUGCGACCGAUUCUAAAAUCAGAGGCGGAAAUCACAGCCAUGCGACACUGAAGCCAAUUUCAAACCAUACCUCUAGAAUUUCUUAUCCCUUAAGCUGCACUUUAAGAGCAAAAUGUUGUCCUUUAUUAUGAGUUUCAGACUUUUUGUCCCAUUUUUGCUCUUUUUUUUUAUUGUUAAUUGUUAAAUUUGAAGUCAGAUUGUACAUGUGUGAUGUUUGGAUUUCUCUGUAGAUUGUCUUGUAGAACAAAGAUAGUAAGCUCAGUCUAAUCAGUCAGUCUGUGACAUUCACAUCAGAACACAAGAAUAGUUCUUGUCGUUUCUUGUUAAUAUAUGUUCCCUUGGUUAUUUUUUUUAUUUCUUUA